CAUAAAUCUGUGGUCUGUGAAAAAAAAAUUAAAGCAGUAAUAUUUACUUUAUAAUAAAAUUAAUUUUUUAAUAAUUACGGUUCGUGUUUGUGUUUAAGUAUUGUUGUUUUGAUGGACAAAAUAAACUAUUCACAAUGGAGUUAACGCAACGUCUAGAAUGUACACAAGAACUUUAUUUUAAUAAUAGUGAAAAGUCAUAUCCAGAUCAGAUUGGCUUUUUAGGUAUUUGUGGUGAUAAAUAUCCACUUAACAAGGGUCCGAAUAAAAUAGGCAGAGAUCCUGGAACGUGCAAUAUCGUCCUGGAUCUAAAUUCAAUAUCGAGGCAGCAUGCUGUUAUAAACAUAUUAAACUGUAAAGAGUUCAUGCUUAUGGAUCUUGACUCUGCAAACAAAACAAAAUUGUCAGGUAAAACAUUGCAGCCAUAUUUACCACUCCCCUUGAAAAAUGGAGAUAUGAUCCAAUUUGGUGAUAUUUUUGGAGUGUUUAGAUUACUCAAGGAGGAGAAUGAACUGCCCUUGACGCAAGCUGUUGAUAUACCUGAUACACCAGUGCAGAACCGUCACAUUUCAAAGAUAAAUAUACAUGCUACAACUAUACCAGAGUCACCAGAAGUUAGUGAUAAGGAUGAUUCUUUCAUUGCAACUUCCCAACAAAAGCCAAAGAAUAUAUUUAAAAGUCCAAAUGACAAUUAUAUUAAAUCAUCUGGCAAAACUAUAGCAAUAAAACCUGUUGGUACAAGUAAAAUUGAUAAUGUUUUUUGGAGCUCUUCAAAGAAGUCUGAUUCUUUCACAUUAUGUACACAAUCAAAUGAUUCUAGAAGGUUUGAUGAGUCAGUAAUUUCACCACGAAAUUCCAAAACCCUUACAAAUGAGCAGAGUAUAUUUGAUAUGGAUACACAAAUUCCUAAUGAUAAUAUAUCUAAAGAAAUAUAUGAAUUGGAUACACAAAUUCCACAUGAAAAUGGUAAAGAAAAUGUAGAUUGUAUAUACAAUGCUAGUACUCAAAUUGUUAAUCCACUUUUGCCUGAAAUUUAUGAAAUGGAAACACAGUUGCCUACUGAAGAAAAUCUUCCAGAAAUAUGCAAGCUACAAGAACAAGAAAACCUAAAAUUAAAUUUAUGUGUGGAUAACAAAGAAAAUGAUAAUAAUAUAAACAAUGCAGAAACGCAAGUAAUAUUAAAUGAAGGACAAAUAUUACCAAAAGAUAUUUUUAACGCCGAAACACAAGCUAUGGUAGGUAUAAAAGUACUAUCACCAAAAGUGAAAGAAAUAAUAAAUAUCAAAUCUAAAUUAGCAAGUGCAAAUAAUGUUUCUGAUGACAAAAAGUUGUUUGACGAAAUUGAUAAUCAUCCAUUAGAACAUAAUUUUGAGUCCCAACAAUUACUGUCACCAAAAUUUAAUACAAAUGAGCAAUUAGAUGAUGAAGAAGAUGCAUAUAUUCCGGAAUCUCAAAUAAUUCAGUUUGUACCGCAAAAAAGAGUGAAUCGCAUAGAAUCUGACAGUUCAACAGAUUGCGAAGACAUAAACAUUGCUGCUACUCAAAUAAUACCAAAAAUAACGGAUGAUAAUUUGACAGACUGUGAAGAUGAAUCAAACAAUGUGAUAAAAGAAAAAAAGAAUCAAAGAAAAUCUCCUGAUAUUGACGAUGACAGUACUGAUUGUGAAUUUAAUGAAGAUGAUUUGUUUAAACAAAACACAGUGGUACAAAAAGAAAGUUUUAAUAAUCAACCUACACAAACUUCAGGAAAUGCAAAAAUAGAUACAGGAAUUGCUAACCAGACCAAUAAAAGUGACAACUUUGAAGAUUUACAGACACAAAUUAUCGAAGAAAACAAACCUACAAGAACUGAGCCUCAUCGACAAUCAACUUUUUCUUUUGAAGAAGCUUUAACCCAGCAAAUCGGAUCAGAGGAAAUUAUACAAUUUAAAUUUCCCUUUCAAUCUUCUGUUAAAAAGAUCAAAGAGACUGAAAAUUUAAGUCUCAAUAAAAGCAAUACAGCUAUUAAACAUGAUGAGAAAUAUUACGCUGCAACACAAGACCUAUUUGAUGACUUACCAGAUGACAAAAUUGAAAAAAAUAAUUGUGAUUUGCGUGAUGAUGAUGUGAUCAAAACAAAAAGAGCAGUACAAAAUGACCUUUUUGAAGGCCAAUCUACACAUAUUUUAGAACAUGCAAAGUUGGACACAGGUACUGCUGAUCAUUCAAUAUGUAACAAUUUUGAAGACUUACAAACACAAAUCAUUGAAGAAAACGAGUAUACUCAAAGUAAGAAAGCUGAACCUGAACGACGGUCAGGCCUUUGUUUCGAAGAAGCGUUAACCCAGCAAAUUUAUUCCGAGGAAGUUGUACAAUUUAAAGUUCCUUUGCAAUCUUCUGUUAAAAAGAAGAAAAAGAUUGAUGAAAAUUUAAACCCUAAUAAAAGCAACACAGCUAUUGUAAUAGAUGAUGACGACGAUGAUGAAAAGUAUUACGCUGCAACACAAGAUAUACUUGAUGACUUAUGUUCACAAAAACCUUUAUCCCCAGAUGAUAAAAUAAUAGAAAUUGACGAAAAUCAAUCUGUCGAAAAUAAAACUACAUUCACCAAAGUCUCACCGAGGUCAUCAACUGAAAGCAGUGAUGUAGAAGAAAAAAUUUAUGAAUUUGUUUCAAAUUUAACUUGUUCACAAAUAGAAGAUGUAGUUGGGGUUGAAAAACAAGUUACAGUUUUACAAAGGAUCCCCAGUGAUAAAUCUGACAUACUAGUUACGCCGAAAAAGAUAGACUGCGUAUCUAUUCUAGAGAUUGAAUUACCUAACACGCAAGAAAUAAAAUCUGGAAUCUCACUUAUUCAUAAUUCCGAUACAGAGUCUUUACCUGACCAUCAUAGCGAAUCAGGAAAUGACUCGGAAAAUAAUUCUCCAGUUAAAUUGAAACAUAAACCGAAAUCUGUACAAAAAAUUAGGAUUAAUCUCUCAGAUAAGUUUGACCCUGAAACUAUACCUGUGAGAUCCAGUACCCGAAUAAGAAAACCGACAUCAAAAAUGCUCAACUGUGACGAUGUUUUUCAAAAUACAGCCGAAAAUAUACUAAACCAGGUAUCGGCUAAAAAUCAGAAUGUUAAAGAUGACAAACUAAAAGAAAGUAAUGACAAAAAAUCGUAUAGAAAGGAAAAAUCGUAUAGAAGUAAAACUAAAAUUGAAGAUCAAGCGGGAUCAAGCAACAGUAGAGCAAGGAAUCGACAUCAUGUUGAUGAAAAUGACUCCAAAAAGACAAUAACAGAUAAUUCGGAGAAAAAAGAAUCUAAAAGAGGUAGAAAGGCAAAACAAAUGGACGAGGUAAUUUUAGAUAGCAAAGAAAAAACUGUAGACAACACGAAUUCAAGUACAAGCAGAAGUACCCGCAACAAACGGAAACUAGAUCAAAAUACAGGGUCUGAUUCAAAAUCUAGGAAAACAAAAUCCAAAUCACCAGAAAAAGAUAAACACAGAUUAGAUGUCAAAAAUAAAAACAAUCAAAAACAUGCAGAAGAAAGAUCCGAAUCUCAAGUAAUAGUAAAAAGACGAAAAUCUACUAAAGAAAGGUCAAAGUCCCCGGAAAUGACAAGAAAAAGAAAACCAACAGAAGAAAGGCCAAGUUCUUCAGAAACAGAAAAAUCUGCGAAAAAUAGGUCGAAGUCUCCCAAAUUAGAAAAAAAUAAAACAGAAACUAGAUCAAGUGAGAAAUCGAGAGCAUCAAAGGACACUGAAGUUAGACGUAGCACUCGAAAUAGAAGUAAAAAAUCUGGAGAAACAAGUAAUAUGAAACACGAAGAAAGUAAAGUUUAUUCUAUUGAUAGGAUAUCAUCAGACACAAGUACAAACUCUCCCAUUAAACAAAAAAGGCCUGCAACAUGCGAACUCGAUGUGCCAAAUGCAAAGAAACCCAAAAAUGGUGAAAACCAAAACGUAACUCAAACUCAACCAAAACUCAAAUCUAUACUCAGAGCUACACCGGCUCGAAAAACAAAGACACAACAUGUUUUGUUCACUGCGUUCCCUAAUGAGGAAGUUCAAGAUAAAUUACAAAAAUUAGGUGCAGUAAUAGUGUCGGAUGUGAUGAGCUGCACUGUGGUGUUGACGCUAGAAAUCAAGAGGACAUUCAAAUUGCUCUGUGCUGUUGGGCUCGGCAAGCCCAUCGUUGGGCCGAAUUGGGUCCAAGCAUGUGCUGACACCAAUAUGAUUGUUGACCCAUGGCUGUAUUUGCUGCAAGAUGCAGCAGCCGAGAGGAAGUUCAGGUUCAACUUGCAGCAUACCCUCGUGGGAAGGAGGGAAUUCCUCAAGGGGUACAGUGUCUCCUCUACUCCCAGUGUGUUACCAGCAGCGAAAGAGAUGAAACUGAUAGUGGAAUGUUCCGGCGGGAAAUGGGAGGAGGGGGGCCGAAACUGGGUUUGUUUGUCUACGCCGGGCGACCGCGCGCUGUGGGCGGGGCUCCGGCGCAGGGGCGCCACCAUCGUCACCUCGGAGUUUGUACUGGGGGGUGUUCUGCGACAGGCCGUAGAUAUAGAGGGGAACAUGUUGUAAAGUGUGCUUUCAUGUGAAAGCACUAUAUUUCUUGUUAUAUUGGAAGUGGUUCGACAAGCCAUUGAUGUAGAGGGUAAUUUGUCGUAAAGUGUGCACUUUGCUAUGUGAUGUGAAAGUGCUAAAGCAACUACUAUAAUUCUUUUAGAUUUCUUGUUAUAAGGGAAGUGGUUCGACAAGCUGUUGAUAUAGAGGGGAAUUUGUAGCUACUACUACUAUAAAUAUUUCUUAUAACCAUAGUCUCCUUAAGGACAAACCAUUUUAGAGGGGGAACUUGUAACUUGUGUUUUGUUAUUUUAUAAUUGUGUCAAUGCACGACAUGUUUGUAUAGUCGGAUGCAAUCUUUAUGACGUCUCCGAAAUAAAGUACGGGUCAUACAAAUUUACGCGCGCGGGGUGAAGCCCUGCCGCGCCCAUGCGUUGCCGAGGAUACCUAAAAUCUUGUAUUCCGAAGCAUAAUGCACGAUUUUCGGAAACGUCAUAAAGAUUGCAUCCAAUUUUACCACUGUUUUAUACCUACUUGAUGUUACUUUAUAGCACAUCACUUGACGUCUCGAUUUUUUAUUCAUAGCUAUGUUACCUCGAAGUCAAAAAUCUCACCCGAGUGAUAACGUAAUAAUGUUAAGUAGUAGUUAAUACAGUUCAUUUAAUUAGUAUCCCUGAUUAGCUUCUACUUGUCGUACCGGAACGCUAAAUUGCGUAGUGGUACGUAUUGUUUGUUUAUAUGACAAUUAGCCACAGCUGGACCUGUAAAUCAGAUUUACAACUUAAAAUGUAUAAAAACCUUGUGUUCGAAAUGAAAUCCAGGACCUUUCAUUAAGUUAUAAGGCAUUUCUAAAUGAGCUAAGGCGGUUGCUAAUACAUAUAAAGGGUGUCCCGUAAUUAAUGGAUAAUAUGCACAUAGUAGAUACAUAGCACAUAGCACAUAGUUUUCCAAAGAUCCCUAAGGUUUUCUGAUUCAAGAAAAAUUUGAAAAAUCCAAAAAAUUAUAACUUGGUCACCCUAGGGAUUUUUGGAAAACUAUUUAAAUCAGUUUUAGUUAAUCAGGCGGUGUAUUUACCAUUUGCGUAUUAUCAAUUAAUUACGGGACACCCUGUAGUUUGGCAAGUUCGGUGAUGACACUCCCAUGAUAUGCGGGCGACGGGGGGAACAAAAACUGCGCGGGUGUGAAAUCGUGCGUGCGGGAAAGCGAGGUGCAUCAGUCGUGGAUUUUUUAUUCAUCGCUACACGCCCCCCGGCCCGCGCGAACCAUCGGGAGUGUUACGAACUAAGUUGCCAAGCUUUAAUAAUUUAAUUGAGUAAAAUUGUUAUAUUAUAGUUUGUGUGAGAUAUUAUGUGUAACGUUUUUCCAGUGCCUACCUUAAUCAUUGCUUUAAAUCAUAAUUGGAGGUAUAUCUAAAUGAUUUUUAUCUGGCUCGACAACGGGAGAUUAAAAAAUUACGCCUAAUACCAUAGAUGCCACAUCCAGACACGAAAACACUCAUGUUCAUUACACGAAUAUUCUCCAGUUGUGGAAAUCGAACCCGCGGCCCUGGCAGGAAGCAGGGUCACUGCCCAGUGUUCCACGCGACCGUCUAUACAAUAGGAUAGAAUAUAAUAGUGACAUUAGUAUGUUUCUAUAGUAUAGGCACAAAAUAAAGAUCACACAGAAUGAGUCUUUACAAGCAGCGUGGUGAAGUCGGUGAAACCCAUAAUAAAAACAAACGUCACGCGUCUCUUUGACUACCGCAUAUACAAACUUCUUUCAUAAUUUGUAUUUCAAAAUUUAACAAUAACAACAAUUACGUAAAAUAAUGUAAUAAUCAAUAAUUACCAAUAAAAAAUACUCCAUCUUGUUUCUGUAGUUUUUGUGAACAGUUUUUAAAAUAUUUAAAAACAUAAGACGCCAUUUUUCUUACAGACAACAGUAUUCAAAGUUACAGAUGCGACGUUUCGUGUCGUACUGACUUGAGAAUGUAUUCGCUUUUAAAUUUUGUAUUUAAAGCGGCUACGACCCAGUCGUGUUCCAUACGCUCUAUCUGCCGAUUAAUCUGUGGUGCCAGGUAAAAAGAAUUUAGAUAUAUCAGGGAUUUUGUAAAUAGUUCAUUUAAAUUAAGAAUGCAAUAUAAUGUUAAAAAUUAAAAGUACCACUUAUAGUACAAAAACCAGUUAUCCUAAAUGUAGGUCAAUAGUCAAUACUUAUUUUUAUAUAACCAUGUUAAUCAUUCCGUAAUUUAUUUGGAUCUACAUAUUGGAAAUUCAAUUAUUCUAGAUAAUAAUGUCUAUUUUAAAUAAUACAAUGAUUUAAGUAAACUAUAGUGUCAUACGUUAUCAACCCAUAUACGGCUCACUGCUGAGCUCGAGUCUUCUCUUAGAAUGAGAGGGGUUAGGCCAAUAGUCCACCGCGCUGGCCCAAUGCGGAUUGGCAGACUUCACACACGCAGAGAAUUAAGAAAUUCUCUGGUAUGCAGGUUGAGACACGUGAUAUUUAAUUUCUUAAAAUGCACACAACUGAAAAGUUGGAGGUGCAUGUCCCGUACCGGAUUCGAACCAACACCCUCCGGAAUCGGAGGCAGAGGUCAUAUCCACUGGGCUAUCACGAUAUAGUGCCAUACGUGCCACAAACUUUUCUGACGCUCAAUAUAGUGCCAUAAGUGCCACAAACUUUUCUGACCCAGUGGUCAAAACUGGAACAAAUGUCACGGAGGUCGCAAUUUUGCAAAACAGUAUAUUAAAAAGCGAUCAACAGCAUCAGGCAAGAUAAGUGUGUGGGCACUACAAAAAUAAUUUCAUUAUUAAUCAUUUGUCUAUAUUAUUUUUUAUGAUUCAACAUAGAAUAUUCAUUUUAACUUUGACAUUUAUUUAAUAAACUCUGAAUACCAUUUACAUUUUAGUUACCGGUACAUCAUUUUCAUUGAUAUUACAAAUAUCGCGUUGUAUUUUACUUGAAUUAGGUAGUAACCAAGAAAAUAAUAAGUAUUUUUAAUAAUUCGGUUGGGUAAAAAUUCCCAACGCCUUGUAAAUAUAAUUUUGUACAGCCUGACUAAGAAAAAAAUAACCCUCCUUGCAGUUAAACUGGCUUACUGUGUGUGUGUGUGCCUAGUGGGAGUUUUCAAUAUUUCCAUACUGUUACUAUCGCGUUAACGUAAACGCGAAUUUAUAUGGAAUUGAAACAGUUGUGCAGCAUUGCCACUAGAUGGCGCUGUUUCAAUUCCUUAGAAAUUCGCGUUUACGUUAACGCGAUAGUAGCAGUAUCAAACUGCCACAAGGCCCUCUGCUCUUGAGUAUGUUUAUGCCUUAGUUUCUUCCUUUAGCAUACAGUAGGUUCAUAAGACGUAAUGCUAAAAAAUUACUGUCGCGCCCAGUUGCUUAGUAUCUCUGUAUCAAAAGAAAGUUGGAGGCCUAAUAAAUAAGCGGUAACUCCCGAAAAAUCUCUUAUGCUAGCCACAAACGGUCGAUUAUUCUCACGUUUCUCUAGCACCCACGACUAUAAUUGAUCGUGUGUUCGUCACUGCGUACAUGACUUGUAUAAUAAGCCGGUACUGCCGUUUGCUUUUCAGAAACGUGGGAAUAAUUUUUAUAAUAAUUGACCGUUUGUGGCUAGCAUUAAGUUUUUUCCCCCAACUGUUUACUUUUCUUUUGCUUGCUUUUUUUACUUUCGCCAUUUCUGCAGCUUUUUUCUUCGGGAAUCACCACCAUCUGGUGGUGCUUCCCGAAGAAAAAAGCUGCAGAAAUGGCUAGAUAAAUAGAUAAUAUUGUAAAUUAUUUGUCACUAAUUUAUGCUUUCACACGUACCUAAGGGGUACCCCUGUAGUACGGGGGCCCCAUAUCAUUGAUACGGCAGAUACGGCGGCUAUAGCUAUGCCCCUGGUCGCGCCAAAUUAUUAUUUUUUUUAUAUUCACUGGUCAGGCUAUACCUUUUAAUACUAUAAGUUUAUGAUUUACUAAUCACAUUCACAAUUUUAUGUAAUUUCUGUAAUUUUACUCAUGUUUAAUUUGUUCUUUGUUGUUAAAUUGUAAGUAUUGAAAUAAAAAUACAUUAAGUUUUUA